AUGGAGGAGCUGAGCAAUCAAGUCCGGGUCUAUUGCAUAAUCAUGGUCCAGGCCAAGAUCCUUGUUUACUGGGCUGCGGCUAUACACACCUGGAGCAAACACUGUGAUAAGGCUGUGUUUUACACCUCAGAGGCUUCAAAAGCACUUGAGGCAGUAGAUCUGAAUGAAAAAGAUGACUGGGCAAGGUUACGUAAAGCUUUGACACAUGCGUAUGAGAAUGCCGGAGACCUGCGCUGGUUCUUUGUGGCACAACCCACUACAUUUGCCAUUAUUGAGAACCUCAAAUACCUGCUGCUCACAAAGGAUCCCAAUGAACCCUUUUACUUGGGGAAUGCUGCAAAGUCAGGGGAGCUUGAUUAUGUGGUGUAUGAUAGUGGCAUUGUCCUUAGCUACGAAGCUCUGAAAAGGCUGGUAAACGUGUUCAAGGAUGAAGACAAAUGUCCAGAAAGAGGAGGCAGCCUGUGGAAUGUGGGUGAGGAAAAGCAGCUUGCUAUGUGUCUAAAAUACACAGGUGUGUUUGCAGAGAACGGAGAAGAUAUCCAUGGAAAGGGCCUGUUCAACAGUAAGAGUGUCGAAAGCCUGAUAUCGGACAGCAUGCAGGCCAACCCCACAAAUGUGGUGGAGGGCUGUUGCUCUGAUAUGGCAGUCACAUUCAACGGGAUGUCACCAGAUCAGAUGCAGGUUAUGAUGUUUGGAGUUUACAGACUCCGUCCUUAUGGACAUGAUUUUCAUGACCUAUUAAUAUUUGACCCUCCUGUGGGCUCAGACAAUGACUAGACUCAUUCCUUAUGGUGGGAUGUGGCAUUUUAAUGUUUUUAACUUUGGGGUGGUGGUUUUCAUAUGUUGAGUAUAGCAACAUUAAAAAGUGUCUAAUAAUACAAUGCAUUGUUAACACUGAAAGAAUUUAACCAACUGUUUGAGUGAAAAUUCCUGGACACCAACCAUUUCCUUACAGUAAGCAGUCACAUUUUACUCACUGGAGGAGUAGAACAGGUCUAACUGGGAAAUCUACAUCACAAUGCCACUCCUUCAGUCAGCAUGCAACUUUGUUCACAUUCUAAACUGCUUCAGUAGACAGGACACAU